ACUUAUCGAGGAAUAUCGGGUGCCAUCAAGUUCCGUUUCCUCCUACGCCGAAACAUGAUUACAAAUGUCGCAGUGGCUGUCAGUGAUCGUAGUAUUUACGUAGUGUUUACGAAUCGGAACGAUAAAAUGCCUUGGUUAAAUGUCAAUCUCUUAGUGCUUCCGAUACGCAAAUAGUUCUCGAGAAUCAUCGAAAUUUUGACUCGUUAUAAAUUUGGAAAUAGUGAAUGAACCAUGAGCGCUUGAGAGGAGCUCGAACAAAAUAUCAGCUCCAGUUUUGAGAUCAGACGGUUCAGUCACGUGCUAUUUUAAUGAUCGUAUCUUAUUCCUCGAGUUUGAGGUCAACGAUUUUCCAUAGCAAAGAUUUAAUGUUAUUUUUGUUAUUGACUGCGCAGUUAGCCUUCAAAUGUUGAAGAUAUCGUCUGCACGAACAAGAAUUUAUAAUAAUAAAUAAUAAAAUUAGUGAAUUAGCUUCAGAAAUAUUUUAUUUCAACAGAAAGACUCAAUUAUGAGCUUAAUUCGCUCUUCGCUCGAAAUUCUCAUUAUAAAUCAAACCCUUGGUCUUUUAUAUAUAAUUUAUUUUUACGUUUCUUGGGCUAAAAAGAUAUAGAUAUAUUUAGCAUUAAUGAUAGUAAAAAAUUGUAAAUAUCCCUUCAUGUUUUCAAAGGUAAGAAUAGUUGAAAAUUUAUCAAAAGAAAGGAGCCUGACAUAGUAUUCUGCUAUUUAUAAAAAAGGCCAAAGAAAAUUAUAAUUUUAUUAUUUUGUUUAAUUGUAAUUGUGGUUAGUUCGCUAAUCAUCAUACUAUAUGUGGGACUAACAGCACGUGUGUUGUAGUCACCGUGUACAAUGGAGUCUCGUGCGAUCGAUCGAAUGAACACGACGUGGCGCACUCCUGGAAAAACGAAUUAUGAUACACGUGUCGUCCGAGAACGCGCAAAGAUAUGAUCGGGUGAAGCGUAAAGGAGCGGCUUUUCUGACGAAUUUAUUUAAAUCGAGAAAACUGGCGAUAGGAAUGAAGAUAAACGAAGACGAAGAGACGGAACGUGCGCCCAGAGUGGAGACUCCUGCAAUUAUUACCAACGCUUAUCGUCGAAGCGGCUCGGAGAACGACAACACGAUGUCGCGAAUUCCGUCAACCUUGAGUGUGACAGCAGUGGACGUCGUUGUCUCUUGUCAACCGUCUCCUUCGCACUCAAUCCUGACCCUGACACCCGGUAGAACACGUAACAUCGAUCAGGACAUGGAGGCGCUUAGGCUGAGUCGUCAGGAUAAUCCUUUCCUACAGGUAUUAGCGAGUCGAGAGAGCCUCGUGGAAUCGAUCGAGGAGUCCGAAUCCGACGAUGCGAUUUUGAUGUCGCAGGAAUUGGGUGAUGCGGAUCCACUCACACUGGCGCAGGUACACGAGCACCUGGUACGCAGUCCACCCCCGGCUUCGUGGCCCAAUUCCACGGCCUUCCAGUUUCCCAAUCAGGAUGAAAGUACCCCAGGCAAAAAUGACGUGGCACCCCUAGUCAAAAGCCCGUCAAAGACACCCUCGCAUCGUGUUAACGAGCACGAACUCUCUAGGAGCGAAACUACAACCGAUAUUAGAGAUCGGCAUUCUCAUCCUUUCUCAUUACUACAUCCUACGCCGAUUCGCUCCUUAUCGGAAGUUCGACGACUUCAUCGAUCGGCCGACGAUAGCGUGCAACUUAUGUCGAAUGAAUAAAUUUCGUCUGGGAGAUCCUGAUCGGAAUGGUUUCUCAUGACUGAAGGAUGUUCAUUACUGCCGAAUAUCCUUCGAGAAGGCGAUCGCUAAGUCAAAGAAAAUUUCGUUUGUACAAACGAAAUUUAUGAUCGAUUCCGGGCAAGGUUCGUUCUAAUUACGAAGGUUGGUAUACAAGAAAUACGAAGGACCAUCGAGAUUUUCAUGUAUCUGAUUCUUGGUCAGAUUGAAAUACUAUAAUACGUUUGAGAUGGAUGUAACAGGAAAUCACAAACUAAUUAACGAAACGCAAUGAGUGUGAUUUUUGAGCGCAAUUAAUAUUCUCUUCAAUGAGAAGAUAAAAGAAUGCGCAUAUUGAAAAAAAUAAUGAUUUCAUUAUUUAGAAUUUUAAUAGUCCAUUAAACUUUUUU